AUAAAGCAAGAUGGCGACGCGUAAUGUGUGUAAUUAAGAAGUCGAAAAUCAAGUAAAACAAAAUUCUUCAGCUCUUUUAUUUUACAAAUAAAAUUCGAAAAACCUAAAAAAGUGCUUUUAAAAUUAAACAUCAAAAUGUCAUUUAAUCGAUAAUCACAAUUAUUUAAUACACUGAAAUGUUGCUAAUGAAAGAAAUGUGUAAAAAACAACAAAUGCUGGCCAGAAUAAUUGUAGAAAAACAUCCAAAAACAAAAAUAGUGUUAGUGUCACUUUAAAAAAAAGGUAAAUAAUAAUAAAAAUAUUGCGAGAAAAAUGGAAAUUUUGAACAAAAUCCAGUGAAUUUAGUGAAAAACUAUAAAAAUUUGAAGAAAAAAUGUGUUAAUAUACCAAAGUGCUACCUUAAAGUAACUCCGCCUAAGCAAAAUGCACACGUAACCUUGUGAAUGCGUAGCACGGUAGCACCUUUUGUCCAAUGGCAUCAUAGAGUUGCUUCUUCUACAACACACAACUGAAAAGAAGCUGCAAAGCGUUGCUUAAUAAAAAUUUCAACUGUUAAACUAAAAUUGUAUGUAUUUUUGUGAAUUUUACUUAUGUUUUUUUUUCUUAAAUUCGUUUAUUGCAGAUAGAAACAAAAAAGGAAAUUAUUCAAAGACUUGAUCAGUGGUGCAAAAAAAAAAGAAUUGUUUGUUAUAAAACAAAAGCGUCAGGAACGCUAUACUGCACAAUGUCCUCCUCACCAGAUCAAAACCCUAGACAACAAAAAGAUUUGGUGUAUGGAAAAACAAAUGGUAUGCCUAUAAAUGCAGGAAAUUCGAAUAUACACAAUAACAACACAAACAACCAUAACAAUAUUAACAACCCAGCAAAUAAUUUGGUAGCUAACAAUCUAAUCAAUAAUAAUGUUAAUAACACAGAACAGCCGCAAACGAAACGGCAGAAAAUAGAAAAAAUCAAACCCACAAAUGGCACAUCCAAGGCAAAGUUGGGAGUGGCAUCUACAGUUUUAUCGCCACCUCCUGAUAUUAUUGAUACGGGAGAGUCGAAAAACUUAAGCUCAUCGUCAUCAUCCUCUGCACAUUCCAUAACAUCUCCCUCGUCAUCGGAUAGCUCUACGAGUUCAACACCUUCAUCGUCAAGAGCUAACUCUUUGACGCAACUAUUAAAUGUACAAAACUUAAACCACAUCUUGCCUAUAACAAAUGGACAUGGACAUCAUCAUCAUCACCAUCAUCUGCACAAUCAUAAUGAAGAUGAUCUUAUGUCUAGCAGUAUAACAAAACAUUGCAACUCCUCCUCCUCCUCCUCAUCCAGCCACUCAAAUGAUGAAGUGGAUCGCAGCAGUUUACCGGACUUAUUACCGCUCAGUAGCCAAACUUCCAUAAUAACAGCCAGCACCUUCGUGUCCAAUAAACAACGGCACUCUCUUCACAUGAACUCUGCUAUGACCCAACAGCAGCAACAACAUUUGGAUGAGUUAACGGCGUCUCAGGAUAUGCGAGAAUUUGAAGAUUCCUUGAAUAAACAAUGUUUAUGCGGCGUCUCGGAGCGUAUGCUAAGAAAACCAUUUCAAUCUCACUAUUCCCUGGAUGCUAAUGGUCAGAAGCGUGUAGCUAAUCUAAGCGAGUGGCCCACCAAUAAAUUACUACAAUUUCUCUCGAAUCUGCAGCUGCUGUUUGACAUUUACUUGAAGCAGAAUUCGAAGGGUUUCAUUUGCGCCCGCAUUAUGGAUGUCUGUGAUGCGCUCAUACGCAAUGAUCACAAUCUGAUCGAUGAAAUUAUAGUGCUGGCAGGCUAUAGCAAUUCCUAUGUACAAUUUUUGGCGGGACGUGUGCUGGCUUCUUUUUUGGUUAUAGCCAAACAGGAAAUGGACGAUGAUUGGCUCAAGAAACUGGUAGAUAAUCUAUUUAAUUUUGAUCGUCUGGAUCACAAAGCGGUGCAAAAGAUACACUUCAGUUUGGAAAUCAUCAAGCGAAUAGUGGAAUGGAAAGACAUAGAUUUGCAUCCGCUUGAGGAGGAAAUUGCAGAUACCCAAAACAUACCAGACAGCAUGCCCUCUUCGUCCUCCUCAACGUUUCAUAAUUCCAAUAAUAGUGCCUCCGGUGUAGAUGAAAGUAAUCUAGGGUAUUUGCACUUUCAGGCCCACCAGCCAUCCCUAGAGUCCAACUAUUUUGCUGUGCACUAUCGUUCCAAUGAAAGUCUAGAUGGGCCCUCCUCGUCGGGCUCAUCAUCUGGGCAUUACCCACACAACGCCACACCAAACCAUCACUACAACAAUUUGCCAAAUCCAGCCUAUCAUCAACACCAUCUAACGCCGCACCACCAUCACCCCUCACUUGUACAACAACAGGGCUGCCAUCUAAUUACCCUCACAGACUCGGAAAGUUUUGAUACCACCCAUCUCAAGUGCAUAACCAUAAAGAUACUCGAAAAUAAAUGGCCCGCUUUGGUUAAGAACAUGUCAUCGCUCAUAGCCAAUCAUUUGGAUGUGGAAAAUGCCGAAAAUUGUAUAUUAAAUUUUCUACAGCUGUGGGAAAACAUCAUAUCGGUCAAGGCCAAUCUCUCUAUAGUGGAAACUCUGCCUUUUUAUGCUCAAUUGGAUAAGUUUGAAUUGCUGCUAAAUCAAAAUCUAUCCUGUACAGUGUACAAGCAAAUGUUAUGCUUAUUUAAUGAAGCCCUAUGCUAUGGCUCAACUCUGGCCUUGCAGGACAUGUUGCCCGAUGAGACUUGUAUGCUGGCCCAUCAAAUUGUGCGGCAUGUUAAGGAUUUUCGCAUACUCGAAUCUCUACCUCGUAGACAGCCCGAAAAUAUAGUGGGUCUAAUAGGUUUUAAAAGAAAACCCGUUAAUUAUGGCCUCAAUUCACUGCAACAUCAAUUUGGUCAUCUAAACGAUGGUUCGGAAAAUGCUCUCAACUCAAGCGAUGUCAUAGAAAUGGACAAGACUAUAUUGCAGAAAAUUGUGUUAUUGGUGCUUAAAUCUAUAGCGGUUACUGUCAAAGAAAUACGCAGCGAUUCCUCAGACUCUUCGAUAGAUUCCACAGACUAUGAUGCCUUUCAGGAUAUGGUGCUGAUCGAAAGAUCCAUACGUGAUGUGUUACGUAAAUUGGAGUCUUUUAUCAAACACACCCUGGAAUUUCAUCCUGAAUGUCAUUUUAGUAAAAUCUUAAUACAUCUAUUCGAUGAUCAAGACGAUCAUCUCAUUGAGGCCAUGGUGUGUACGCUGGACGUCACGGCUGGCAUUUCGUUUCGCAAUAAUGCCUUUCCCGAACUAGUAUCUAUGCUCAAUCCGGUCUAUACGUAUCUAGAGUUCCUGAAAAUGAUAUCGAAUAGCUCUGAUUUGCUAUUGGAUCUAUUGGUCAGCAAUGAGACAUGUUUUCUGUUGUACCUCUUGCGUUUCCUCAAAUAUAUACGCAUGAACUGGUCGAUGUUUGUACAAAGUUGUCAUGACUUUGGUAUGGGCUCAUCGACGCUGGAUGAGGCAAUGAGUGUGCUGAUACGUUUACGUUUGCAAAUUUCGCGUUUGGUAUCGCGACAACUAUAUCCCUAUGAUAUAUCACCGGUAUUACGCUUACUGGAGAGUUGUGAGAGUCUGUAUGAAGGUAAUGAACUUAGUUAGCCAGUUAGUUUUGUAGUUAAUUAGUUAGUUACAUAUUGUAGUUAGUUUUUGUAAUUUUUUUUUUUUAUUAUUUUAUAAGUCUAACGUUUAAGUUAGUUAAAGUUAAAAAAACGAAACGAAACACAAAUGGGCCUUAAUUUGUUUUGCAAAACAUUUUCAUCUUUUUCUUUUCACAUAUUUUAUCAUUUAAUUCUAUAUCAGAAGCACAGUAUUGCUUAAUUUUUUUAUAUUGGUUUGUAAUUCCUGUAAAACAGAGAGUUGAAGAAUUUUUUGAAAGCUCA